AUGGACGACAAUACCGCAGACCUUAAUGAGCUGUUUGGCUCCCCCAACGCUGAAUUGCCGCCCGACGUCCUGGGAGAACUGCAAUCGCUCCUCCGCCUACACUCCAUUGCCCCGCAAGAGCUGUUCUACAAAUGGGAAUCCUACAGUAUAAAGAUGGGUCCGGAAACGACCCUUACACUAAAGACUGUUCGCGAUUUCAAGAAAGAUAUUCAAGACGCAUUGGAGAGGGAGAAUAGAGGAAAGGCGGCGCACGGAAGAAACGAGAAGAGAAAUGUUGGCUCAACACCCCGCGCCGGUGCAGGAAACUCUGAUGUCUUUGGAAUGCUCGACGGUCUCGUCCCAAGCACACCUGGAGCCCGCAACGCACCAAAGAGGAAAUCCAACUUCGAUACCCCAACCUCCAAAGUAGCAAAAAGCCAGGCCCAAAGCUCCCCAGCGGGUCCUAGUACACCUCUGCAGAAUGGCGCAACAAUUGCCUCUUUUGCGGACCGGCCAAACGCAGGGCGGAUCAUGGAAACCCUCAACGAGCACAUCCCCUUGCCAGAGCCUCCUUCAGACCCGCCCUCCGAAUCCCGCGUCAAGCUAAAGGCGAACACAGAGCUGGCAAAGUUCGCGUAUAAGACCAUGGCUAUGAAGCUGUCGGAAGCGUCAGAGAUUCUCGACGACCGUAUCGACGAAUUCCUACAGUUGACACAGGAGUACCACAAACUGGAGGAUUCUGCUUUUGGAAACCCUGCCAGCCAAAGCACAAGCGAGAUCAUCGCUGUCGGUCGUAUUGCAUCGGACAGCAACGAAGGCAGGCUAAACGCCGCUUCGCUGGUGUUGGAGACGUCUCGGAGGACUGGCGCCGGCUUGCGGAUACCUUUGCGAGUCGACAAGCUGCCGACUUAUAGCUUCUUCCCCGGGCAGGUGGUUGCGUUGCGCGGGCAAAACGCAUCAGGAACCUUCUUCCAGGCCACGGAAAUCCUAGAGCUCCCACUGCUUCCACCAGCCGCUUCCACGCCCGCUGAACUGGACAUGCACGUUGCACGUCUGCAGCACACGGGCGACGACGACAUGGACAUGGACGGCGCGAGCGCGACCAGGCCCCUCGGCGUCAUCAUAGCCUCUGGGCCUUACACCCCCGGCCACGUCCUGGACUUCGCCGCCCUCCACGCCCUCCUAGAAAGCGCGACGGCAAGCUGCCCGGACGUGCUCAUCCUCAACGGCCCCUUCAUCGACAUCGAGCACCCCAGCGUCAUCAACGGCGACUUCGACCUCCCCGCCCACGCAAUCCCCAACCCGGACAAAGCCACCAUCCGCGACGUCUUCCGGCACUACAUCUCCGCGCCCCUAAACCAACUGGCAGCACAACUGCCCAACACGACCAUAAUCCUGCAGCCCAGCGUGCGCGACGCCAUCGCCAAACACGUCAGCUUCCCGCAAGACCGGCUCAAGCGGCAAGAAUUCGGUCUCCCCAGACAAGCAACCAUAGUCACGAACCCGGUGACGCUGAGCGUCAACGAAGCCGUCGUCGGGCUCGCCAGCCUCGACGUCCUCGACAUGCUGCGCCGCGAGGAGUGCGUGUCGGACAAGGCGCGCGCGAGCAACGCCAUGGCGCGCUGGGGCGCCGCGCUCGUGGCGCAGCGCUCCUUCUGCCCGGUGUUCCCACCCACAGCCCGUGAGGCGUAUCCGCGGCUCGAGGCCGGCGGGCGCGAAGCCGUGACCGUCGAGGCCGAGGACGGCGUCGUCGAGGGCCGCGUCGAGUUUUUGCCGGUCGGCGCCGUGCUGGAUACGAGUUUUUUGAAGCUGGCCGAGUGGUUGACUGUUAGGCCGGAUGUGCUGGUUACGCCGUCAGCGCUGACGCCGUUCGCUAAGGUUAUUAACUCUGUGCUGGUCGUUAACCCGGGCACGCUUAGCAAGCGCAAGGGUCCUGGCACGUAUGCGCGCUUGACGGUCCUUCCGGCUGCCGUUACCGAUGAGGAUAGAGCAAAGGGCGAGAUUCUCGCGCAUAGGCUGUUUGAGCGCGCGAGGGUCGACAUUGUGCAUAUCUAGACUGUCUGUCUGUUUGUCUGAUUAAGGAAAUGCUGGGUGGGUAUCCUCAAGUACGAGGGAUCGGAAAUGGAGUCAGAACUGGGAACGGAAUGACAGAAUGGCAUGGUGUUUUGAUUUUCUUCUUUUUGUUUUUUGAAUGGACAUCAACGACGCUGGUAGGGUUUGGGUCAAAUCAUCACUGCACGGCGAGCCGGUAGGUAUGCAGCUGUGUGGUUUAAUUUGACAGUGGAAGAGGUCACGUAACCGCAUCGCUCGCCAUUCCAGGGCCCGUGUCAGAGGUAUUCAUACAAUCAUAGCAUAUUCGACAGCCUCACCGAUCCGCAGCCUCUAUGAUACAGCCGGCUCUACGACAGGAACACGCGCAGGGCGGACAGAGAGAGUAAGUAGACGGAAAGAGAGAGAGAUUGAGGUUUUGAGAGAGAGAGAGAGAGAGAGAGAGAGAGAGAGAGAGAGAGAGAGAGAG